AAUUAGAUCAAUUAGAUUAAUAAGAAUAUUGUCAAUAUAAAAUUAGCAUACAUCGGCCGCAUUCUGAGAAGGUUACGAAACAGAAUGGGGCCAUGUCAUUUUACUAAUAAUUUUGGUUGCCAGUUACUUACACCUGUUCUGUGGGGUAAUCUACGUGGAAGGGCUGUCAUGGUAAUCUACAAAUAGCAUCACUCUUUUCAAAAUGUCUUCUCCAGUUUGGCUUAUCACAGGCGCCUCAAAUGGCCUAGGCCUCUCGUUCAGCCUUCGUGCCCUGAAGGCUGGUCACAAGGUCAUCGGUGCGAUGCGCAACCCAACACGGGCUGCUGCUGCCGUCGAGGCCAUCGAGAGUAGAGGAGGGAAGGUAGUGCAAAUAGACAUGACGGAGUCUCAAAUUAGCAUCCACGAGAAAGUGAAGGCAGCUGAGAAGAUUUAUGGUAAAAUCGACAUUCUAGUAAAUAACGCCGGGUACUCGCUCCUGGGACCACUAUCGGAAUUUACCGAGAAAGAAGUCAAUACUCAAAUGCAGACGAACUUCUACGGUCCAAUCUAUGCUAUCCAGGCCGUUCUUCCCGGGAUGAGAGACAGUAAAUCCGGGACCAUCGUCAAUAUUAGUAGCAUAGCUGGCCAAGAUGGUCUUCCAACAUGCUCACUAUAUGCCGGUAGCAAGUUCGCUCUCGAAGGGCUUAGCGAGUCUCUAGCGCGCGAGGUUGCAGAAUGGGGUAUCGAUGUGCUAAUAGUAGAGCCUGGCGCAUUCCGGACAAACUUCCUGAAAGCCUUAGUCGCGAACGAAAAGGGCCUUCCCGAGCAUGAAAAAGAUACCCCUGUUGGAAAGACCAUGCAGCGUUUUCACGAGGUUGCGGAAACUCAGAGGGGAGACCCAGAUAAGUUGGCUGACCGCGUCUUUGAGGUAGUGACGGGUGAAGGAGAAGCAGGUGCGCUGAAGGGAAAGAUCCUAAGGUUGCCGUUAGGGAAGGACUGUUUGGCACGAUUCGACGCCAAGAUUGCAAAGUUAAAGAGCGACGUGGAAGCAUCUCGGGCAGUAGCUGAGACUACGGAUUUAUAAGGUUUGGGGUAAUUGCAUGAAACCUGGAUGUACCUACCUAAGGUAGCUAUCGAAGCUACCUUGGAGCCUAUUUCAACAUUGUUUCUUUCCUAUAUCAUGUAAAUCUAUUAGCAGCACUUGCCGCAAUAGUUAAACCUUACAGGUGGUUCCUAACUCUAUAGAUACCUCCUGA